CCACAAAUCAUUGUCCUUUCAUCUCAUCAUAACAACAGCAGUCUCCUCACAGAAAAAGUAGAGAGUUUGCAGCAAUGGCUACUAAAGCACUUCUUCUCCCUCUUUUUCUCCUUCUCCUGUCCAUCUCUUCAGGAGGAAUUUUUGUCAUGGUGGAAGGACAGAAAACUUGGUGUGUGGCCAAGCCUUCAUCAGACCAAGCAACCCUUUUGGCAAACGUUAAUUAUGCCUGCUCUCAGGCGGACUGCCGGAUUCUGCAAAGGGGUUGUGCUUGUUUCUUCCCGGAUAACCUCAUCAACCAUGCUUCCAUUGCCAUGAACAUUUACUACCAAGCUAAAGGAAGGAACCACUGGAACUGCGACUUCAAGGGUUCAGGUCUCAUUGUCAUGACCGAUCCAAGUUAUGCCAACUGCAUCUACGCGUAGCGGCUGAUUAAGUUUCUCUGGUGGCCUAAUUUAGUUGUUAAUAAUUUCCUUAACUAGUUUGUAAGCUUUAUAGAUGUUGCUGGCUUAGAUGAAAUUUGGUACUGCAGAUAAGUAGUUUAGUAUGAGUCUAAUGGUACUUAUCUGUCUUAAUGCUAUGUUUAGCUCUUUAAUGAAUUUGGGUGAUUGUGAAGAACAGGAAUGUUUUUAUUUUAACACUCAUCAUUCCCUUUCUCCGUAACUUGUUAAUUUUGUGCUCUCUUUUCCUUGAUACCGACAAGUCUAGUCAACUUAGCUUCGGUAAAUUUCAAAAUUAGUUGGUAGAUUUUAUGUACCCCAUGGUGUCGAGGCAGCUGGCAUAAUUGCUA